UGUACUACCACAACACUACAUAAGAGCACCUAAGUGCAGAGAGGCCGAAUGAAGACCAAACAUUGAGAUUAAUAAUCAAAUCUACUAGUCUCGCUUGCUGAUCGGAAGUCGCCGAUAGAAGAAGAAGAAGAUGGUAGUGAAGGUGUACGGCCCAAACUACGCUUCCCCAAAAAGGGUGGUUAUGUGUCUGAUGGAGAAGCAGAUUGAUUUUGAAGCUGUGCUUCUCGACAUCUUCGAAGGAGAGCACAAGGAUCCUGAUUUCCUCAAAUUGCAGCCAUUUGGACUGCUUCCUGCUGUUCAAGAUGGAGAUUAUACUCUUUACGAAUCCAGAGCCAUAAUCAGGUACUAUGCAGAGAAGUACAAAUCCCAGGGGACUGACUUGCUGGGGAAGACAAUAGAAGAAAGGGGACUUGUGGAACAAUGGUUGGAAGUGGAAUCCCAGAACUUCAAUCCACCAGCCUACAACAUGAUCCUUCAUGUUCUGUUUGCCCCACUAUUGGGAAUCAAUUCAGACCCAAAAGUGAUUGAAGAGAGUGAAGAGAAGCUUGGGAAGGUUCUGGACAUUUAUGAGGAGAGGCUGUCAAAGAGCAAGUACUUGGCUGGGGAUUUCUUCAGCCUUGCUGAUCUUAGCCACCUUCCUUAUGCCCAUUUUGUGGCUAACCAGAUGGGGAAAGAGUAUUUGAUAAGAGACAGGAAGCAUGUGAGUGCUUGGUGGGAUGAUAUUAGCAGCAGGCCAUCUUGGAAGAAGGUCCUUGAACUCUACCCUUACCCUAACUUUUCCAAGUAGUAAAGAGUAUAAAUAUAUGUAGCUACUUAUUGAGAAUGAGAAAUUCUUAAUCCAUAUAAUAAUGUUCCAGUUGUUCA